AAUAAUUCCUCUCCACCAAAACAAAACAGUUAAAAAGUAGAAUUUGUCUUCAUUUUGAAGCGCGAAGAAAUAAUACGGAGUAGGAGUUCAUCAGUUUGAGAUCCACUCAAACUUACUGUCAUCCCUUUCUCGAUCUCUCUACCUUUUCUAGAAAAUAGGUGGUCAAUGUUGAACCAGGAAGGAGAUAUCAAUGGCAUGAUAGAAACUACAGCAGAGGAUGAUUUAAAACUGGUUAAACAAUUGACCGAAAUGAAUUCUGAUGGAUGUCAUCCCAGGGAGAAUGGGGUCUGUGAUCCGGAUGACUCUGGCUCUAUUAGUACUCAUGAUCAGCUGGUCCAAAUGGUUGUUGAGCUCAAGUUUCAAAAUGAGUAUUUUAUGUCUCAGAUCAAGGGCUUGCACAUGCAAAAUUUAGGCAUAGAACUAAAUGGAUCUUCCCAGCAAAAUCAAAAGGCUGAACAAGACAACGCCGCAUCAGAUAAUGUAAAAGCAUUACAGGAAAAGAUAGAGUUGUUAGAUAAAGAACUGCAGGAAGAAAAACAGACUCGGAGUGCUGCAGAAGAGGCACUGAAGCACCUGAGAGAAUCAUAUUCAGAGGCAGAUGCUAGAGCCCAAGAGUUCUCAGCUAAGCUUAUUGAAGCUCAACAAAAGAUGGAACAAGAAAUCAAAGACCGAGAUGAUAAAUAUUCUGAGCUUGAUUCCAAGCUUAGCAGGCUUCACAAAAGGGCAAAGCAGCGCAUUCAAGAUGUGCAGAAGGAAAAGGAUGAUUUAGAAGCACAGUUCCGUGAUGCAAAUGAUAGAGCUGAACAAGUGUCAUCUCAACUUUUGGCACUGCAGCAAGAGCUGGAGCGCACGCGACAACAAGCUAAAGAAGCAUUAAAAGCAAUUGAUGGGGAAAGACAGCAAUUAAGAAGUGUGAACAAUAAGCUUCGAGAUAACAUUGAAGAGCUCCGUCAUUCAUUGGAACCCAAGGAACAUGCUCUUGAGGCACUGCAACAGUCACUUUUGGAGAAGGAACAGAUGUUGGAAAACAUGAAAGUAUUAUUACAAGCUGCUGAGGAAAAACGGCAAGCUUCCAUGGCUGAGCUCUCAUCCAAAAAUCAAAAGCAUGUAGAAAGUUUGGAAAUGCAACUUGCUGAAGCAACAUCUGAUCUUAAGAAGGCUGCAGAAACUGUCUCUAGUUUACAGGCAGUUGUUGCUGAAAAGGAAUCAAGAAUAGCUGAAAUGGACACUACUACUUCUGGCGAAGCAGCUAGACUGAAAGCUGUCAUCGAGUCUGUUAAAGGAGAACUUGUUCAUCAAAAGCACGAACAUGAGAAAGAGAAAGAGAGCUGGGAAGCAACCUGUGAAGCCCUCAAAGCGAAGUUAGAGACUGCUGAGAGUAGCCGCGUGCGAGCAGAAAUUGCGACUGCUAAAAUUAAAAGUCAGCUUGAAUUGCAGUUGUCUGAACAAGCUCAGGUGCUCAAUGAUAAAAAUGCAGAACUGGCAGCCUCCAGAGAACAGAUUAGUCGACUAGAAGCUGAAUUUUCUUCCUACAAACUCCGUGCUCACUCCCUUCUUCAGAAGAAGGAUGCAGAGCUAGCAGCAGCCAAUGACAAUGAGCAAAUCAAAGCUCUAGAGGAAGCAUUGAAAGAAGCUGAGAACGAAAUAUCACUGGUCUCUACAGAAAGGGAUAAGGUUGUCAUUGAGCUUCAAGCUUCUUUGGCUAAAUAUGAUAAGGAACUUUCAGCAAGGGACGCUGCUCUUAAGAAUGCUGAGCAGCAGACAAAGAACUUAGAAUCAAAGCUUGAUUCUCAGGCUUUACAGUUUCAAUUAGAGAAAGGUGCUUGGGAGUUGAACCUACGGAAUUUGGAAGAAACAUGGCGGGGAAAGUAUGAAGCCAUGAAAGCGGAAAACGAGGCAUCCAGUGCGCCAGAUAUGCAAAAAGAAGUCGAAGAGCUCAGACGUGAUUAUAGAAAAUUGAAAGAAGAGCAUGAUUCAUUUCGUGAUCUUGCUGAUAAAAUGCUUGAGGAUAAAGACAAAGAGAUUUCAAGGCUUUUGAACAACAAUAAUAAACUGCAGCGGUCUUUGGAACACAAAGAAGGUGGUGGUGAUACUCAAGGGAAAGCUUCACAUAAACAAGAUACCUUGAGCACUCCCUCUGCAGAGCAGCAAAUUCUGAUGUUGGCAAGGCAGCAAGCCCAAAGAGAAGAAGAGUUAUCUCAGUCUCAGCGCCACAUCCUAGCUCUUCAAGAGGAAAUUGAGGAGCUUGAGCGUGAAAAUCGGCUUCACAACCAACAGGUUGACAUGUUGAAGGAGGAACUACGAAGUAUGGAUAGAGCGCGAAAGAGGGAAGGGGUGGAUAUGACCUACCUUAAAAAUGUUGUCUUGAAGCUUCUUGAAACUGGUGAGGUGGAAGCAUUACUACCAGUAAUUGCAAUGCUUCUGCAAUUCAGUCCUGAUGAGGUCCAGAAGUGUCAACAAGUUUAUCGCAGUUAUGCGGAAGCAUCACCUAGCUUGGAAAAUGAUGUACCAAGUCGCUCACUUUUCUCUAGAUUCUCAUUUGUCUGACUAGCUGAUUUUUAAUCCAAAGAGACUUCUGGCCGUGAACUUCACUUACAGAGAAUCUAUUAAGCAGGACACUGAGCUGCAAAUUUUUGUAUUUUUUAAUUUUAUUAUGUACAUCGUCUUUCUGUAACAUCAAAAUUCUUAAUCAUUAUUGCCAUUGCAUAUGGAAACUUACUGUUAAAAAGAACAACUGAUUUUUAUACAAUAUUCAAAGGGAAUGGAGAAUACAUCACUACAUUAUAGCUUUUCUUUGCAA